CUUGGUUUGGGGGCGAUAUGAGGCGGUCAGCGGGGGUCUGCAGCUCGGGGGAGGAGGCUGGAGAGAGAGGAGAUGCAGUGUUGUGAUUGAUGUCUCUCGCCCUCUCUCGGCAUCAUGCUGUACUUCCAGCUGGUGAUCAUGGCGGGCACCGUCAUGCUGGCGUAUUACUUUGAGUGCACGGACACCUUCAGCGUGCACGUGCAGGGCUUCUUCUGCUACGACACCUCCUACACCAAGCCUUACCUGGGCCCCGAGGACAGCAGCGCCGUGCCCCCGCCCCUGCUGUACGCCCUGGUGGCCGGGCUGCCCACCCUGCUGAUCACGGUCACAGAGACGGUGCUGUUCCUGGUCCAGUACACCUCCAAAGAGUUCGACCGCUCAGAGAAGACGGUGGCCACCGGAGACUGCUGUUACCUCAACCCUCUGGUGCGCAGGACCUUCCGCUUCCUCGGCGUGUACAGCUUCGGGCUCUUCACCGUGGACAUCUUUGUGAACGCGGGUCAGGUGGUGACGGGGAACCUGGCGCCCUACUUCCUGACGGUUUGUAAACCCAACUACACGGCGCUGGGCUGCCAGCAGGCGCUGCGCUACAUCAGCCACCAGGAGGCCUGCAGCGGGAACCAGGAGGACAUCCUGAGGGCCCGCAAGACCUUCCCCUGCAAGGAGGCGGCCCUCAGCCUCUACGCUGCACUGUACCUGGCCAUGUACGUGACGCUCACGGUCCAGGCGAAGGGAACCCGUCUGGCCAAGCCGGUCCUGUCUCUGGGUCUGGUGUGUCUGGCCUUCCUCACCGGGCUGAACCGGGUCGCAGAGUACCGGAACCACUGGGGGGACGUCAUCGCCGGGUUCAUCAUCGGAGGAGCCAUCGCUACCUUCCUGGUGGUGUGUGUGGUCCAUAACUUCAAAGGGAAGCUGUUGCUGGGUGAAGAGUCUCCGGAGCAUCAGCCCGGCUCGGCUCUGCUGACCCUGGGCCGGAUGGAGAGUCCUCUGGAGAAGUACAUCGCCUCGCAGAAUCACAUCUCCUUCGCUGAGGUCACAUGACGUGGAGUCGGCCGUGUGGCAGACCCACUGGACGUCCACGCUGUUCACCGUCCAGAACCACUGACGCCAGAGCAGCACUGAACCAGUGUGUGUGUGUGG